AUGACAGGUAGCAGCAGUGGAACUCAAGGCAAGUAUAAAGCAGAUGUGAGGGGCGAUGAGCAGAGGACAGAGGACAUUCCUACAGAUAACCGCCCAGAUGACUUUACCAGGAACUUAGAGAAACAUCUGGUAUCUUUGGAUUUUGGAGUAGAUGAUUGUGGUAUCACACGAGAUACAUUUGAAGAGCAUGCCAAUAUCAAAGAUAUAUCUUCAUCCAAUCACAGCAACAAUGCAUCAUUUGAUUCUUUUAAACAGGUCCAAUCUUUUGAUUCAUCACAGACUGUAACACAGAAUACACAGAAUACAAGUCACAGAAGAGGUGCUAAACAUCCAACAGCACACGCAAAUGAGAAGCUAUUUUCAUGUUCAGAAUGUGGUAAAAGUUUUGACCAUAAAGUACCUCUUGUUAUACAUAAGAGAACUCACACAGGGGAGAAGCCAUUUUUUUGUUCAGAAUGUGGGAAAUGUUUUACCAAUAAUUUGGCUCUUGUUAAGCAUCAGAGAAUUCACAGAGGAGAGAAGCCAUUUUCAUGCUCAGAAUGUAGUAAGCGUUUUACUCAGAAAUCAUAUCUUGUUGUACAUCAGAGAGUUCACACUGGGGAGAAGCCAUUUUCAUGUUCAGAAUGUGGGAAAUGUUUCAACCAGAAAUCAGCUCUUGUUAGACAUCAAGAAACUCACAGAGAAGAGAGGCCAUUUUCAUGUUCAGAAUGUGGAAAAUGUUUUAAGCAGAAAUCAAUUCUUAAUAAACAUCAAGAAACUCACAGAGAAGAGAGGCCAUAUUCAUGUUCAGAAUGUGGAAAAUGUUUUAAGCAGAAAUCAAUUCUUGAUAAACAUCAAAAAACUCACAGAGAAGAGAGGCCAUUUUCAUGUUCACAAUGUGGAAAAUGUUUUAAGCAGAAAUCGGCUCUUGUUGUACAUCAGAGAAAUCACAUCGGGGAGAAGCCAUUUUCAUGUUCAGAAUGUGGGAAAUGUUUUAACGAUAAUUCACAUCUUGUUGUACAUCAGAGAAUUCACACAGGAGAGAAGCCAUUUUCAUGUUCAGAAUGUGGGAAAUGUUUUAACAAUAAUUCACAUCUUGUUUUACAUCAGAGAAAUCACACAGGAGAGAAGCCAUUUUCAUGUUCAGAAUGUGGGAAAUGUUUUAAGCAGAAAUCGGCUCUUGUUGUACAUCAGAGAACUCACACAGGUGAGAAGCCAUUUUCAUGCUCAGAAUGUGGGAAAUGUUUUAAAUGUAAACAAGCUCUUGUUACGCAUCUGAGAAUUCACACAGGAGAGAAGCCAUAUCCAUGUUCAGACUGCAAAUGUGGUAAAAGUUUCAACCAUAAAUCACCUCUUGUUAUACACGAGAGAACUCACACAGGGGAGAAGCCAUUUUCAUGUUCAGAAUGUGGGAAAUAUUUUAACCAGAAAUCAGCUCUUGUUGUACAUCAGAGAAUUCACAGAGGAGAGAAGCCAUUUUCAUGUUCAGAAUGUAGUAAGUGUUUUACUCAGAAAUCAUAUCUUCUUGUACAUCAGAGAGUUCACACCGGGGAGAAGCCAUUUUCAUGUUCAGAAUGUGGGAAAUGUUUUAACCAGAAAUCAGCUCUUGUUACACAUCAAAAAACUCACAGAGAAGAGAGACCAUUUUCAUGUUCAGAAUGUGGAAAAUGUUUUAAGCAGAAAUCAAUUCUGGAUAAACAUAAAAAAACUCACAGAGAAGAGAGGCCAUUUUCAUGUUCAGAAUGUGGAAAAUGUUUUAAGCAGAAAUCGGUUCUUGUUGUACAUCAGAGAAAUCACACUGGGGAGAAGCCAUUUUCAUGUUCAGAAUGUGGGAAAUGUUUUAACGAUAAUUCACAUCUUGUUGUACAUCAGAGAAAUCACACAGGAGAGAAGCCAUUUUCAUGUUCAGAAUGUGGAAAAUGUUUUAACGAUAAUUCAUAUCUUGUUGUACAUCAGAGAAGUCACACAGACGAGAAGCCAUUUUCAUGUUCAGAAUGUGGGAAAUGUUUUAAGCAGAAAUCGGCUCUUGUUGUACAUCAGAGAACUCACACAGGAGAGAAGACAUUUUCAUGCUCAGAAUGUGGGAAAUGUUUUAAGUAUAAACGUUCUCUUGUUACGCAUCAGAGAAUUCACACAGGAGAGAAGCCAUAUCCAUGUUCAGAAUGCAGUGAAUGUUUUAAGCAGCAAUCGGAUCUUGUUUUCCAUCAGAGAGUUCACACAGGGGAGAAGCCAUUUUCAUGUUCCGAAUGUGGAAAAUGUUUUAAGCAGAAAUCAGCUCUUGUUACACAUCAAAAAACUCACAGAGAGAAGCCAUCUCCAUCGUUAGCCCUUUAGUGACCUCCCUUAUGAAAUUAAAAAAGGGGAGGGAAAUAUACCAAGAUUUCUGGAAUUAUACAUUGUUUGAAAUAGUCCAUCUAUUUCAUGAAGCAACUGAUAAAAAUAGGUUUCCAGCAAUCUGCAUAUUAGAAAAUAUGAUAAAGAAAAAACAUAAAAAGGGGAGGGAAGGUUAAGUUUGAAGAGCGCCCAAAGUACCUUUUAAAGAGGAGAUAAUGUACCAGGAGGUAUACUGGAAUGGUUUGACUAUCUCUGAGAUUUCAGAGGGGAUGAAAUGUGUGGUCAGAAAAGUCUUCCAUUUUCGGAAGAAUUUAGUAGCAGAGCUCUCUUUGUGCCUUUUUGCCUUGAUCUGAUCAUACCUGAACAGUAUCUUCAGUUGUGAAAUCACUGUUGAUACGUCUGGCAUUAAGCUGGAGAGCCAGUGAUGUAAUACUACUCUCUUGGCCACCAGCAAUAUUGAAUGGAGGAAGAGAGGAACAUUUUGAGGGAGAGUAGGUUGGUGUGUUGGAAGGCGAAUAUAGUGAAACAACAAUGUUUGAGGUUUGGGGGGGGGGUUGAUCGACCAGUAUGUCCUGACAUAUACUAUCAGAGUUUCCCAAAAUUUUGAGACCUGAGGGCAUGACCAUAUGCCAUGUUAAAAAUCUGAGGCCGGCUUUUUACAUUUGGAGAAAGAGUAAAGAACAAGGGUAAAUCAGAUCCUAGAGAAUGGUUGAUUUGUCUGAAAGAAAAGAACUUGAGGUGCUAGUGGAGUAGAAGUGUUAGUGAUGGGUAUACCACUUGGUACAUAGUUACAUAGUAUAUAAGGUCAACAAAAUACAUUUGUCCAUCCAGUUCAGCCUGUUAUCCUGCAAGUUGAUCCAGAGGAAGGCAAAAAACAAAACACCUGUGAGGUAGAAAACA